AUGGUCGUACUCGAUUGGAGAUAUGGCCACCUUCUGGUACAAACUUAUCAACAUAAACAACUAAGAGUUGGCACUCAAUUACCAACAGAAUCAUCGACAACUUCAACAAAGACUGGUACAACAGUAAACUUAUCACCACUAAGUUACAUGCUUACCUAG